AGUCGUGAUGGGUGUUUUGUGACAUUUCUUAGACUGAACUAUAAAUUGAUAAAGUGAAGAAUUAACCACAGAUCAACGAUAACAGACAAAUGAAAAUAUAUCCUAAUGUACACGUGGCAACACGUUUAUUUUAGAUGCACCUUUGCAGUAACUUUACAUCCUCUGUGAUGAAAACUGUAGUUGAUUAUGAAAUAUAACUUAGAUAUAUAACUUAAUAGAUGAACUAGCAGCAUCAUUGAUGUAUUCAGUUAGUAUUUUUGAGUUGUAUAUUUUCCUAUUUUGGUACAUUUUGUCAGUUUUGGGCCUCUAUAUUUAAAAAUCAGUACAAGUAGUAGACAAUAAAGAUUAUUUUGUACAUUUUAAGAGUUAAAUUAACAACUUCGUCAAUCUCGUGUUUACAUUUUUGACUUGUGGAAUAACCUUUUCCUACAUUUUGUCAGUUUCAAGCAUCCAUAUUUGAUAACCAGCAGUCUUGUUAAAAAUGGACACGUUAUUCAGGUAAAUAAACCUCCUCCAGGUGAGUAUUUCUGUGUUUUCCUGUUAGAAGAUGUUUAUUUAAUGAGAGAAAUAACAGGAUUUUGAGUCAUGUGACGGAUUUUCGGGUAUUUAACUGACAAAUCCUCCCACGGUUGCACUUUUUUUUUUUUUUUAUUAGACAUGAUGAGACUUAAGUGAGAAUUAACCGUCAAAGACUUGUUUUUAUCGAGGGCACGGAGAUAAUCUCAGUGUUUUGGGUACAAUCGAAGCGUCUUAGGACUUCGCAUGGAGGGAGGGGAGAUUUUGCUGAAUUUCCUUGGGAAUUAGAUUACCGGUCAGGAGAUUACCUCUAUUCCUGACUGAUUUAAAGGUUCUCUAGAGCUCCAAAUCUGACUUUUAUCUGAGAUGUGAAAUCGUAAACUGUGAGUACAAAAUGUGAUCUUUAAGGUCCUCAGAAGUGUCACCCUAAAAUCUCUCCUCCUGUGUCCGUCAGUCGGCUCCUCCUGUGUGCUGCUGAAAGCUGAAAGAGUUAAGAAGAUUUGGCAGCUCGGAGGCAAACCAGCCAGCCGCUCGAUGAAUGCGUAGUGCAGCGGCCACUCUCCGGGGAGGAUUUUCCCUUCGUACGUACAUUUUCCUGCACCUCUACUGGUGCUGAAACCUGCAGGAGCCCGAGGAUACAAGCUUGUGGGACUCCUGAGGAUUCAGACAGGAAGGUUUAUCCCAGACCAGCAGGCAGCAGGUGGUUGGGGUCAAAGGUCGGUGGUCCUGUGACCAUGAGGCAGGCGGUGGAGGCUCAGGUGUUAAACCCUCACUGUGAACUCGGAGAACACGGCCUGCGUCAGAUCCUGACCGAUGUGAUCGACGAGGUGAGACAGUCGGUGAGCGAGGACAUCGACGGGGCCGAGAUCCUCCACAGUCUGCUGAACGCCGCCUGGCUGCAGUCGCUGCUCAAGGUUUUCGAGUGUCUUCAGAGUUACCUGAGAGAUUCUCCAGCACCAGCUCUGGACUACGCUUCAGGACUUUCACUUCAGCUGCUGAUCGACAUCAGGUCGCUGCAGGGUUGCUCUGAAGAGGCCAAAGAGCUGUACCGCCUGCUGAGACAACCACACCUGCAGGCUCUUCUCUCGGCUCAUGAUACGGUGGCCCAGAAGGACUAUGAGCCGGUGCUGCCACCGAUGCCAGAAGACCUACCAGACGAUGAGGAGGCCACCAGGAUCGUCUGUCUGGUCAAGAACAAACAGCCUCUGGGAGCAACAAUAAAGAGGAACGAGAUCACAGGGGAGAUUUUCGUCGCUCGGGUGAUUCAUGGAGGGCUGGCAGAUCGAAGCGGUCUGCUCCAUGCAGGGGACAGGAUCAUAGAGGUGAACGGUUUUUCUGUGGAUGGGAUGGAACCUGAACAAGUGAUCCAAGUGGUGCAAGCAAAGUCGCAAGGCACCAUCAUGUUCAAGGUCAUUCCCAUCACAGAGAGGCCAGUCCACAACCAGACGAUGCUCUACGUACGGGCCAUGGCAGACUACAGCCCUCAUCAGGACCCGACCAUCCCCUGUGCGGACGCCGGUAUGAGCUUCAGAAAAGGGGACGUCCUGGAGAUCGUGGACCAGACAGACGCCCUCUGGUGGCAGGCCAAGAAACUGCCCAGUAACACAUCCUGCGCUGGCCUCAUCCCCUCCACCAACCUGCUGAAACGGAAGCAGAGGGAGUUCUGGUGGUCUCAGCCUUAUCAGCCACAUGCCUGCAUACAGACCUUGAGCACUGUAGAGGAAGAAGAAGAUAUGAUGGCUAUCGAUGAGAAAUGUGUCGAAGCAGACGAGGAGGCAUUUGAAUCUGAGGAGCUCAGAGAAGAGGAGGAUGACUUCAGCUCCAACACUGAAGGGAUCUACUUGGUGGGCUUCAGGCGCAGCAUGCGUCUGUGUCGGCGGCGCUCUCACAGCACCACCCAGCCAUCCUGUCACACCCGCUGCCCCAGCAGCUGCUACAGCGCCCUCAACAGCCCCUACGAGGAGGUGGUGCGCUACCAGCGCCACCCGCAGGACGCUCACCGCCUCAUCGCCCUCCUGGGUCCGUCUGGUGUCGGUGUGAAUGAGCUCCGGAGGCGCUUGAUUGAGAUGAACCCAAACAUCUUCCAGGGAGCCAUACCGUACACGACAAGAGCACCCAGAGGAUACGAGGAGUCUGGCAGAGAGUACUACUUCACCAGCCGAGAAAUCUUCGACAACAUGAUGUACAACAACAGGUUUUUGGAGUACGGGGAGAACAAAGGGAAUCUCUACGGCACCAGCAUCGAGUCUGUGAAGGAAGUUUUAAACAGCGGAAAAAUCUGCGUCAUCGACAUCGAGCCAAAUGCCAUUCAUGCUGUGAGGACCCACGAACUGAGAGCCUACGUCAUCUACGUGAAGCCUCCACCACUGGAACGCCUCAGGGAGACCAGACAGGAGGCGUUCAUCACCACCAACUACUACGUCAACCGACCAUUCAAGGACGAAGACUUCCAGGAGAUGGAAGAGUCCGCCCGUAAGAUCGAGUCGCAGUACUGGCAGUUCUUCGACCACGUGAUCGUCAAUGAUGAGCUGCAGGACUCCUGCAUCCAGCUGCUGACGGCGGUGACGAAGGCGCAGGACGAGCCGCAGUGGGUCCCUGCCAGCUGGAUACGACCCACCGCCGAGUCGUGA